AUGAAGAUCAACUACAACAUGAUAUAUCAUGAGAUGACCGGCGGCUCUUUCAAGCCUAUGCAAGCUUGCCUUGCAAUGAAGGUUAGAGUCAUUACCUGAAU